UGAAAUUAAAGGAUAUACCUGAAUAGAAACCGUACAAGGAACAAGGACUCAAGACAUUAAUGGUGUUGAUUUGCAGUUGUAGAAGUAACCCCAUAGUGCCAAACCGCAUUGUGCAGGCCCAUAUCGCAUCUAUGAUUUUACAGACUACCACCAUAUUUCACCAUGGUCGAGUCAGUUCCCAACGGGCAGGUCCUCAACGGCAACAGCCUCCGAACCCCCGACUUGUAUCGCCUCAAGUACUCGUCGAAUAACCAACACAAGGGUGCAAUUACGUCAAUCAAAAUCUCUCCUGAUGGCACCAAAUAUGCCACCAGCUCAUCCGACGCUACCAUCAAUAUCUUCGACAUCAACACCGGCAAGGUGAUAGCCCAGCUCAGGGGCCACACCAAGGGGAUAUCUGACAUCGAGUUCUCGCCCAUCAACUCCAACAUCAUCGCCUCGUGCUCCGACGACCUCACCAUCCGUUUAUGGUCCAUCAAGAAGCAGAAGUGUAUCAACAUACUAAGAAAGCACACCUAUCACAUCACGGCCAUCAAGUUCACCAGCAAGGGUAACAUGCUCAUCAGCGGGUCUGCCGAUGAGACCGUUACCAUCUGGGACUUGAUUUCAGGCAGAACCUUGAAAACUCUAGCAGCCCACUCGGACCCCAUACUGUCGUUGAGCUUGACUCCCGACAACUCGAUAAUCGUGAGUGCUUCAUACGACGGUUUGAUGCGUCUCUUUGACCUCGAAACCGGCCAGUGUCUCAAAACGUUGACCUACAACAGUACGAGUCACGGAACCGCCACUGCAUCCACCAACGACGUGCUCAAUUUCCCGAUCUCCAACGUGGAGUUGUCUCCCAACGGCAAGUACAUCCUCAGCUCGAGCUUGGACGGAAAAAUCCGACUUUGGGACUACAUGGACAACACCGUUAUCAAGACUUACAACGGCAUCGACUCUCCCAUCAGUGAAAAGUACAACUGUGGAGCCAAAUUCAUCACUAAAACCGCGGACCCCAAAGUUGUGUCGGGGUCACAGUCCAGCGGAAUACUCGUGUGGGAUGUGCAGUCCAAGGCUAUCGAGUAUCAGUACAAACAUGACCAAUGCGUGCUUCAGGUAGACACAUUCGACGAGGGCAGGAUCUUGGUUUCCUGCAGCAUUGACGGGGUGAUAAAUGUGUUUGAAAUGAAGCCCGAGUACAUCAAAGAGUUCACAGCAACAGAAUUGGAGAGAUCGGGGACUCGAGAAGAAACGCCCAUUACUCCAAUUGAAAAGUGAUGAUCCAGGAAUUUUGCCUAGUAGGUCAAAGAAACGGGCUAGUUCCAACUUUGGAAAUACUUGGAGGGCAUUGAAUGUGGGGUGGAUUCAGCAAUGGUUAAGCCAUGAUACAAGUUAAUUAAAUAGUAUAAGACUUCUAGUUCCUUCCCUAACUUCGGCACAAUAAGUCCAGCUAAUCCGAUGACCUGGUCAGUUCUACUAGCUAUAGUAUGCAUUCAUUCACCACGACGAAGGGUGAUAUAUGUGUACUUUGAAUGUAAAUAUGUGUACUUUGAAUGUAUGCAUUUGCUGAUAAAAUGGUCCUUCCAUCAAAAUUGACAAGCAAUCCUUAGAGGAUGCUGCAUAGAAUUGUUGUAAUUUAUUGAAAGCCUGCUUCUUUC